CGGCACGCUUUCAUGAUGUACCGAGGCCUUGGUCAACACCACCUUUUUUUUCUAGGUGGUGUUGCCUUGGUGCGCCGGGCGUCGACGGUUUCUCUCUCUCGCCGUCCAGUCUCCCUUCCCUCUGCGAGUGCGCGAAUAGCUGGGGCAAUUCCGAGGCAAAGCCGAUCUGAGAGUCCCGCUGCGAUCUCAGAAACGACGGGCUGGCAAACAGGAGGAGGCUGCGUCGCGAUGAAGCCCCGGAGCAUGUGUGCGUCGGCGCUGGCGCUGGCGUUGCUGCUGCUCUACCUGUGCGCGGUGCGUCAAGUGCGCGGACAGUCCGGCACGCCGACGGGGAAGAAGCGCUCCGAGGAGUACACCUACUUCAACCACGAGGAGAUGACCAACUUCCUCAAGAAGGUCUCCACAAACUACCCGGACUUCACGCGCCUCUACAGCGCGGGAAAGUCCGUGCAAGGUCGUGACCUAUGGGUUCUGUUGGUGACGAAAGAUCCCCAGGAGGAGACGCUGCUCAAGCCCAACGUCAAGUACGUUGCCAACAUGCACGGCAACGAGGCGGUUGGCCGGCAGCUGAUGGUGUACCUGAUCGCGCACCUCCUGACGCGCUACAACGUGGACCCGUACGUGCGCUACCUGCUGGACAACACGCGCAUCCACAUCAUGCCCAGCAUGAACCCCGACGGAUACGAGAUCUCCAAGGAGGGAGCUUGUACCGGCACACUGGGACGGUACAACGCUCGUGGCGUGGACUUGAACCGCAACUUCCCAGAUCACUUCAAGACUCAGACGCAGCAGCAGCAGCCGGAGACAGAGGCCGUGCGGCGCUGGAUCCACCAGAUCCCGUUUGUGCUGUCCGGAAACAUCCAUGGCGGUGCCGUCGUAGCCUCGUACCCAUUCGACAACUCGCCUAACGCCGUGUUUCACACGUAUAACAAGCCUUCGGUGACCCCGGACGACGACGUGUUCCAGCACAUUGCCAGCGUGUAUUCCUUCAACCACGCCAACAUGUACCUGGGCGCGCCCUGUUCCUCAGAUCGGCAAGCGUUCCCCAACGGCACCACCAACGGCGCGGCAUGGUAUCCCCUCGCAGGUGGCAUGCAGGACUACAACUACAUCUGGGAAGGCUGCAUGGAAGUGACGUUCGAGAUCUCUUGCUGCAAGUUUCCGCAUCGCCGCGAGCUGCCCCGCUUCUGGGACGACAACAAGCAAUCACUGCUUGCCUACUUGGGAGAGGUGCACAAAGGCGUACGAGGCAUUGUUAUGGAUGAGCGCGGCAACCCAGUGGUCAAGGCUUUCCUGCGUGUUUCUAAUCGCACUAUCGGCUUCAAGACCACAUCCAGAGGGGAGUACUGGAGGAUCCUCAGGCCUGGUCGUUACACGCUUGAGGUCUCUGCGCCCGGUUUCCACACGGCCAAGCAAGACUUCAUCGUGCUCGAGCAGCAGAUCUCCAUCCUGAACGUGACGCUCAAGUCUUUGCACGAGGAACCCGAGGAGCCCGAGCAGCUCCAGCCCGAACAGGACUCGGCACAAAGCGCAGUGCCGCCACCUACGGUGGCACCCCAAGAGAAUAAGUUAGACGCCAUAAGACAAAUUCUACCACAGCCACCUUUGCCACCUCGCUUCUACUUUAACGGCUUCAAAUCGCUACCACUGGCCAAUAACAACCCGUUCGAGUUUGCACAACCGCUACGCCACUGACCUAGCUCCUCUGUUGUCUUUUCUUUUCGCUCUGUGUCAUCAUGAUUUCGCCUCACAUGCGCCAGCCCAUGUUCAUUGCUGAUUUUUUUUUUUUCGCCAUCAUGUCAUGUUUGUUCGCUGCGAGUCUCAGCAGCUCAGACAGUAUUUUAAGCUGAACGCACGUACGUCACAGCCUCCUUCUGCGUUAGUUUUUUUUUCCUGCUUCAGUUCAAUACAUUUCCACGUGAAUAUGUGUAAGUGUCGCCCACGUGCAAGUUCCAGGCUUGCCACAGGUAAAUCUUACGCGUUAUGUCUCUUAGAGAGAGCGGUAUUUUUGCUUUUGGGAAGUGGCGAUGAUUGCCACAGGCCAAUAACUCUCGUUAGGUAUUAAAACCAACAAAUUUAUUAGCGAAUAAGAGUUUGAACAGUUCAUAUAGGACAUGCAGCUUCCUGUUUACUGGCCAAUAUUUUUUUAGCAAAGUAGGCUUUCAGGAAAAUGGAAUUGCUUUACAUAGCAGAGACUUGUAACCCGUACCGUGAGACUGCUUCCAGACGCACAAUAAAUCAUAAUUUCAAGAUGCACUUUCAUAGUCAUAGGCCCAUCGCCAUCACCAUCGUCAUUGUCGUUUGUUACGUGUAAUUAUUUUUGACAGUAUGCAGCACGCCUGGACACAGUGCACCUCCUGUUUUUUUGUUUUUUAUCUUCUCAAGUAUUGUCGGAGAGGUUGGCCUUCUCGAAAGGUAGCAUUAUGAAACUUCUUACAGGCUCUUUUUAUCGCUUCUCGCGCGUUCUAUUCUCUUUUUUAUACCAAUCAUUUCUGCUUUCGUGCACGUGUGAGUACAGCAUGUCAUCAGCACAUGGCCUUUUCUUAAUCUCUGUUUUUUUUUUCUCGCUAACACGGUGACGGUGUUCGCAGCACCCUUUUUGUCUCUGCUCUACUGUCAUCUCACUAAUAAACUUGAAACACCCACUUCCUCUGUUUCAUUUCUUUCUAUUUUUACGCGACAUCCAUUUAUAGACAUCAACAAAUUUAGGAAACGGCAGGAGCACUGAACAAGACUGUCGACGAGCAUUGUUCGAGUAACGGCACAGUAAGUUGAGAAGCAUCCACGUAGCUAACCAUUCGAUCUGUAUUCUCGCUGCUGCGUUGUGCUGCUCGGCGAUAUCGACGUGAGGUGGUAAUGCGUGGUGCCCGCUUUGGCUUCGACGCCUACCAUCUCACCUCGAUGUCUGCAGUGAAAAUGCACGCUGCUUUGGUCCUUAUAACUUACCGGGCGCUCAUUCAGAGAAAAAAUUGCCUGAUUUUUCUGAAGCCGCACGUACUAUGUUGCGUUUAUUCAGCAAGAAUGCUCAAGUCAUUCUCAUAAAGCAACAAAAGAUGAGCAGUCAUGUUUGCUGCUUAGUGCGAAAAAAAUCUAGCCCCGCUGAAGUCACUCUUUCAAUGCUCCCACAGCGAUUAGGUAUUUUUUCUUAACAUCAGUCCUUUCCGAAUCUCGUACGCGUCAUUUUAGUACGCGACAAUUGCUCAUGCUUGGGAGCCAGGGAUAUGAUAGUGAACGUAGAACGCAUAAACGAGACUCUUGUGAGUGCUCCUGUCGUGUUUGCUUUUGGCAACGCACACGCUGGCCAAGUGCCGAAGCUGCGUGUUUCAUUACUAACACGCUCCCACACUUCACGGAACAUCGCCGACAGCCGAUAGCCAUCAAAUCUUUCUGGGUCGGAGAUUCACUGGACAUCCACUGACCACGAAAAGGAGCCCUCUGGUGUCUCAUGGUGAAGAUAUUCUCGGAGGAAGAGUUCCUGCAUCCGGACUCGUCGGCGUUAAGCUUCUUCCUGGCGCCAUCGUCACUUCAGAGAGCACCUUCCAUGUGGAACUCCAUAAAGUCCGGUUUUGGAAAUCUCUUUGGGAACUUCGGCUGAGUGAAUUCAUGAGAAUGCACCAAGUCCACGACACAACAGCCGCGAGCAAAAGAGAGAAAAAGCCGGGCACUUAUGGGACGAACCACGCUUGACGAGUGAAAGCGGGGACUGCGCGAGAAUUCGCAGCCGACCUUCCUUCAGCUGUGCUCGAGGAGGGCGCGUGUUCCGCGAUGUGUUUUAGACAAAUAAGUUAUCCCGCUUAGCAUGCUGCUGCCAACCAUCGCCUUUCAGGAAACCUGCGGGGCUGUAGCGGGCCCACUCUGCGCAACUUCAGCACCGACGAUAUAGCAUUCCACACAGCGGUGGUCUACCUUGUCUAGGAGACCACGAACCAUAGAGUUUCACACAAAUAUCUCCAGUAGCCGUCACAAGCUUCGAUAAUUCAACCACGCUGGGCAGGAGGGGGGGGGGGGGAGUACACAGUGGUCUCCCCUAGUGUUCGCUGAAAACCUGCUUUCUUGUGAACUUAUUUCUUAUGAACUGGCCAUUGUACAUCCUUAUAUCCAUCAAACUGUUCUUUAACACCUUUUUUUUUUGCCUUUGUCACUAGCAUCUAAGGGUGCCUUAGUCCUUAAUUUCAGAAACUAAAGUAUCUGAAAUUUAAUCUCAUCGAUAUCAUCGAAAGAAUGAUCAUUGGUCACAUAAUGUGCUUCACUGAGUCCCGCUAUUUUAAUAAUGAUGAUUUAGGUUGGAUGUAUGUCUUGUUUUGUAAUGUUCUUUUAAAAUAUACGCUGUUGAUGCUCUAAAAACGGUUGAAUCGAUCCUUUCGGGGGUGAAAUUUAUCAGCAUGGAACAUAUUUGUGAAUACAACGUCCCUUUAAAACUAAGAGGCCACCCAUCUACUUGAAGCAAGCAAUGAAAGCCAUGCACUAAACCAGGGGCGUAUCCAGAAAUUUUUUUCGGGGGGGGGGGGGGGUUCAACCAUACUUUAUGUAUGUUCGUGCGUGCUUUUGUAUGUGUGCGUGCCUAUACGCAAGCAAAAUUGAAAAAUUUCGGGGGGGGGGGGGGUGGCUACGCCCCUGCACUAAACCUUCCCCAAUGAAGCUCCUGCGGAUUCAAGAAUCGAAUUUCCUUCCGGUGAUCGUUGUAUGAAACUCUAUAGUGACAUUAAUUGAAUUUAUACGGCACUCGGUCUUUCCGACCUUCACAUGUGCAACAGUUGUGCUUAGCUUCUUGUUUUCUCGCCCGAUGGCAACGGUUGGCGACCCUCUAAGAGCUGGAUUCGCGUGCACUGACGGAGUCGCAGUUCGUGACAGAAUUAUUUGUUCGUGCGAGUUCCUGCAGAGGAAAAUUUGAGUCGGACUUGACGAAUGAGUCGCACAGUGUUAUGUUUUGUGCCGUUAGAACGCAGUCAGUGGUUUUAUCUUUGCACAUCAUCUGUCCUUCUUUUUUUGUUUGCUUUAAGGCCACACAAACCGCAUAGUGUGUGUCAGUGUUCUUAUCAUGAAUAGUGAGUCACCUUGUUACAAUAAAGAGAGAAGAAUCUCGCCA